GCGGAGAACGCCGUGAUACCCCCCCUCUGCCUGCGCUGGUUCCGCGCUGCAGAGUAACAGACAGAGUUUGGAUCCGGGAUAUGUCUGGACCCCUCCUCGGUCAACCCCGCAUGAUGGCCGUUCCAGCGCUAAUAAGUAGUGCACACGUCCUGCGUCCACCCACCUACUGUGAGACUGUUUUGGCGUUGGAUUAUUCUUGGGAGAAGAAGCGAAACCUCCAUUUCAGUACUAUUUUCAGUCUACACUAAUUUGAAAAUGACGAUCCGCGCGGCAGCCGGACGCUUGGAGGGCAAGGUGGCUAUUGUCACGGGUGCCGGCUCAGGGUUCGGAUAUGGCAUUGCCGCCAAAUUCGUGGAGGAGGGCGCCAAGGUGGUUAUCGCCGAACUGUCCAAGGAGGCCGGUGAAAAAGCUGCUGCGCAACUAAACGGGACUUUCGUUUCCACGGACGUGACGAAACGGGAAUCCUGGGAGGCGUUGCUGCAAGCCACGCUUGACGCCUACGGCAAGCUCGACAUCAUCGUCAAUAAUGCCGGCGCCACAUACAGCAAUAAACCCACGGGGGAUGUCACCGACGCGGACUUUGACAAGGUCAUGUCUGUCAAUGUCAAGUCGAUCUACCUGUCCUCCGACGUUAUCGUCCCGUAUUUCAUUCAAAACAACCGGCCUGGCUCUUUUGUCCAGAUCUCCUCCACGGCUGCUCUGCGUCCACGGCCCGGCUUGACAUGGUACAAUGCUUCCAAGGCGGCGGUGUGUACCGCCAACAAGUCUAUGGCCGUUGAGUAUGGACCCAAGAAGAUCCGGUUCAACUGCGUUUGCCCUGUUGUAGGGAGCACUGGAAUGACGCACUUAUUCCUAGGAAAGCCCGACACGGAGGAAAACCGAGCGGCGUUCGUGUCGACCGUGCCGUUGGGCCGUCCCAGCACCCCGGCCGACGUGGCCAAUGCCUGCAGCUUUUUGGCCAGCGACGAGGCGGACUUCAUUACGGGGGUGAAUUUCGAGGUGGACGGUGGACGUUGCGUCUAGCAUUCAUACAGGCUACCGGCGAGCCCAAUCAUUCGUGGAUCUCCCAUCAUAUUCUACAUACUCUCCAGAAUGGAUAUCAUCCGUGUAUACUUGAAACUUCGGCUCGUUAACGCACCUCUGUAGCACAGUGCUACCACACCAAUUACACAGCCCAGAUUAAUGUCAAAUGCACCAUGCGCGUAGUAAGAUAUACCUGCCUAUCAAGAAAACAACAAAGCAAAUAAUAAAAAAAACACCACUAGAAUAGAAUACAGCGCAUGCAAAAAUAGAAUAAGAACCCAGCAAGUUUGUAAGCCCAUCACUCCUUCCUUCACCCUGAAACUCAACUCAACGAGAAUAACGCUGCAC